UAUUCCCAAACAAGCAAAACAUUCCCAUCGAAAGCAAGUGGCCGCCACCAGCAUAGGACACGUUGCUAAACUGUGCAUAUAAACAAAACUCCCCAAAAGCAGUCAUUACCGCCGCUGCCUGCCGCCCCUUGUUUCGGAGUGUUGGGCCCUUGUGUAAUCAUGUUUGGUCAGCAGUAAUAGAAACCGUGUCAUCAAUUUUUUGAUGGUUUCCCGUCCUGGCGAAGCAUCGAUUUUUGCUACCACACAACUUUCUGAAAAACUAGAAAGCAUAAAACAUCGUCAGAAUGGAUGAAACAGCGAUGCUGUUCGCGCUGGUUAUCGUAAUGUUGGUCGGUUCCUACCUGGCCGGAAACAUUCCGCUCAUAAUGUCCCUUUCGGAGGAAAAGCUAAAGAAUGUGUCCAUAUUCGGUGCUGGUUUGCUAGUCGGUACGGCUCUAACGGUGAUCAUACCCGAGGGAAUUCGGUCUCUGUAUGACGAAAGAUCGUUAGAACAAGCUGCUAAAGGUCCCGGAACAUCAUCCGGUCUGCCGGUGGACGAGCACAAGCACGAACACAGCAACGAUGAACAUUCGGCCACGAUAGGAUUGUCCCUGGUGCUCGGUUUUGUGUUCAUGAUGCUCGUGGACCAAGUGUCCUCCCGGCGAACGGAAGGAUCGAGCGAGCGCAAUCUUACCGCCACGAUCGGACUGGUCGUACAUGCAGCCGCAGAUGGUGUGGCUCUCGGAGCGGCCGCCACCACGAGCCACUCGGAUGUGGAGAUCAUCGUGUUCCUUGCCAUUAUGUUACACAAAGCGCCGGCAGCGUUCGGUCUGGUGAGCUUUCUGCUUCACGAGGGUGUCGAGCGAGACCGAAUUCGGAAGCACCUGCUCAUCUUUGCCCUGGCCGCACCGGCACUCACUCUGCUGACUUACUUUGGCAUCGGUAGUGAACAGAAGGAAACACUCGAAUCGCUCAAUGCGACCGGUAUUGCUAUGCUGUUUUCGGCUGGUACCUUCCUGUAUGUGGCCACCGUGCACGUCCUACCGGAGCUAACACAUCGUGGUGACCAUGGACACGGGCACAGCCAUGCGCAUCAUCACGGAAACUAUAGUCUGCUGGAACAGGCACCGCCUAGCUCGUCGGCCGCCGUCAGCGGGAAACCGCCCCCAUCGUCGGGUGGUCCAGGUGGUCUGAAAAAUUACGAGCUGGGCUUACUUAUACUUGGCGCUUUGGCGCCACUAUUCCUAACGCUAGGGCACCAUCACUAGUGCCGCAUGCUGGUGGACAGUGCUCAAACGUUUUUAAACAUUUGCCAAAUUCGCCAAUCCGUAAUGCACGUGGGCGUUCGGAAUGUGUCGCACACAGCAGCACCGUGCUUGGUCGUGGAAUUUGUACAUGUUUAGUUUCUUCUAUUGUGAUUCAUGUUUUAUUACAACUUUCAGUUUGUAAUAGACCUCCUUCCAACAGGUCAUGUGGUAGAGAAGUAUGGUAUUAGUUGUAACGACAGUAGCAAUAACUACGAGAUUGAUUUGUGUAAGUUGCGAAAGUUUGUUGCGUUUAGCUUUCAUUUGAAAGGUCUCGUUAAACGCAUUUAUUUUCCAUUCUGUUUCGAAACGGGUUCGUUCGCUCCACAAAUUGUAGUACUCGACGAUCAAAACAUUGACAACCAAUAAACCAUUUG